CUGAGCUGAUAAGGGAGCAGAUAGGCAUCUGUCCUGUAAAACCCAGCCUGAGUGGAAGUUCAAUUUUCCACCACGUAACCACCAGAUGCCACAGAGCACCCGCGAUUCACUGGGGAAGUUUUGCUGCCCCACGCUGCUGUAGCCAUUGCCUCAACACUCAUUGCUGGAAAAAGCAAAGAAACCCUCAGAGCCUGGAGACCUGAAUCUGACCUUAGACAGAGCUGUGGCUUUUUUUUUUUUUUUCCCUGGGGCUCAUCUACCUUUUUUCCAAGUGUAGGAGCUGGUAUUUUUAGCCAUGAACUUUGUUUUCUGGUGGCCUCGUGGUGCUGUGGUGGCAGUGCCCUCCAUGCCAGUGAAGAGCAGAGUUUUCACAGCUGAGAACCUGACUGCUUCCUGCCCGAAACUUGAGCGACACUCAGGAUGUAGAUAAGUGAAAUGGCAAAUGCCAUGUCACAGCUCCUUGCCCGGGGGACAGGGCUGACACUGCAAAUGCAGCACGAGGCCUGCGUCUCUUUCCCUGGUGGGGAGCGGCCCCCAGAAUCCAGGGGGAGAUCCAGAAAACCCAGGGAUUUAUUCCCAAGCUGGUGCCGUCCCAGACUCGCUCCGCGGCCGCUUGCAGAGCUCGGUCCUGGUUUCCAGGGCACCCGCGUCCCUCCCGUCUCCCAGCAACCGGGACUCCUGCCUCCCCGCUGAGCCAGGGAAUUCCAAUUCCCUGCCGGGCUGGAUGGCAGGAUCCGGCUGCCGCAGUGUCUGGGCUGUUUUUCGGGAGCACUUGCGAUGCCUGGGUCUGCAGGACUUCCCCUGCGGCCUUGGCAGCUGGAACGAGUCCCGCUGGGACGCGCGCAGGAGCCCCCGCAGAGGCCGGCUGGGGCUGGGGGCAGCCGGGCAGGAGGAGGCUGCGCUGCUGGGUGAGGAGAGCCCCGAGGUGCUGGUGGAGCUGCUGAGGGACCAGCACGGCCCGUGGGCCCUGCCUUCAGCCUGCAGCCCCCAGGACCAGCACCUGCGGGAGAUGGCUGUGCUGAACCCCGAGCUCGGCCAUGGCUCCAACGUCUUCCAGGUCUUCAGGUCCCUGCGGAUCACUGGCAAGGGAGUGGAGGAGGUGGAUGAGGGUCUGUUGCAGUUGAAGCAGCUGGAGGAGCUCAUCCUCAGUGCCAACCAGAUCAGCAGAAUCACCUCAGCUCACCUGCCCCAGACACUGAAGGUCCUGGAGCUCUGCUGCAACGCUGUGGCUGAUCUGCAGGACCUGUGUGUUCAGCCUCCUCCAGAGCUGCAGCACUUGGGGCUGGGAUACAACCGGCUGAGUGGCCCUUUGCAGGACAAGUGCCUUACUGUGGACUUCUGGCCAAAUCUUGUCUCCCUUGACCUGAGCUUUAACAGCCUCACAGACCUGCUGGGGCUGGUCUCCCAGCUGUCCAGUCUGCCGAAGCUCCGUGUCCUGGUCCUCCAAGGGAACCCACUGGCUCUCAUUCCCACUUACAGAGGCUUCCUCGUGGACAGCCUGCCCCAGCUCUCCAUCCUUGAUGACAUCCACAUAGAGCCUGAUGAGAGACACCAGUUCCACGGGUUGGCAAUGCAGCCAGAUCUGGCCAGGAGUGAAGCACGAGUGGUUGUGAGUGUUGGGGAAAUCAAGGGAGUCCCUGAUCCCAGCGCUUGGCAGCAGCUGGAGACUGGCUCCGAGGCUCCGCUCAUCACCUACAGCUACUGUGUCACCUACGAGUUUGCAGAGGGAGAGGAGGUGGAGGACAGGAGCACCACUGAGAAUACAAAAAUCCAUCAGAGUCUCGUGGUGGCCACCCUGGAUGUGGACAGCUCUGCUCAGGACACAGAAGAAACAAAGAGCCAGCAGGAGCCUGCAGCCAUGGAGGGGCCCAAGGCCCACUCUGGAAAAGUGUUUGUCACCCCUGGAAAGCCCUGGGCAGACACCAUCGACUGCAGCUACAGGAAGGAGCACAUUGCCAAGGAUUUAAUGGGUCUGAAGUCCUACCUGGCAGCUGGAACGAUUGUCUCAGUCGUGGAGGAGAAGGUGGUCUCAUGGCCUGUCAGUACUGAACCAGAAGAAAAUGCAGUCAUGAAGGGGAAGGCAAAACAAGGGCGGCAGAAGGGCAGUGCCAAGGGGUCUGUGCCCAAAGAGAAGCAGAAAAAGAAGAAGGAGAAAUCCUGUGAAUUCCGCAGCGACCCUCCCAUUCAGAGGACCCUGGGCACUAGGCGGGUGAUCCUGGAGACCCUGGUGGCCACUGAGGACCUGGUGGCAACUGUGUGUGACUUUGGGAUACUGAUCACUGAGCAGCCACUGCAGCUGCCAAGUCUGGAGGAGAAGGACAGGAAAAAAGGCAAAGACAAGAGCAAAAAAAAGAAAGCAGGGCGAGGAAAUCAGGCCAGCAGGAAACCCUCAGCAUCUGCCAGAGGAAAAAGAAAAAGCACAUACUGUGCUGAACUGGAGGAGGGUGAAGGUUUCCAGCCGGUGCCACUGACGGUUCAGUUCCAGAUGCAGCUGCUUCGGUGGCCCUUGGCAGCCGGUGCCCAGAGCCAGGAGAGCGUGACCACAGCUGCGGGGAAGACCCAGUAA